UUCAAAGAAAAAACAACAAAAUGAAAAAGAAGAAACAUAUCAAAUUCAAGAUACGAUAACGAGCAAAGAACCCACGGAGGUAACCGAAAAACAAUUUCGUGAUUUUUAUAUGAAUCGAAUUACUAAAGCUUUUG